CGCGCGGCGGAGGCAGCGCCGGGCGCCCCGGGCUGGGAACGGCGGCGCGGAGGGGACGGCCCCGCGGCUGCCGCUGCUGCCGCCUGAGGCGUCGGAGCCCCGCGGGGACCUGCUCGCGCCUGGCGCGCUGCUCUGCCUUCCCCGCCACCGACGGUUUUCCUCGAGCCCCGGCUCCCCGCGGACAAUGUCCCACCAGCGCGUGAGGCGCAGCGGCUCCCCGACCCCGGCCACCUCCCUGGGGGUCGGCGGCGCGGCGGCGGCGGGCGGCGGAGCGGGAGCGGGCAGCCGCCUCCAGCCCAUGCGGGCCACGGUGCCCUUCCAGCUCAAGCAGCAGCAGCAACAUGGCAGCCCCACGAGGAGCGGCGGCGGGGGCGCCCCGGGCGCGGGUCUCCCACGCGCGGCGCCCGCCUCGCGCAGCAUCAGCCCCACGCGCGCGGCGCCCACCGGCAGCGGGCGCGGCGGCCCCGCCAUGGCCACGCAGACGCCGGGGGGAGGGGGGAGCGGCGCCGCCGCCUCAGCGGCCCCCGCCGCCGCCUCGCGGGGCAGCCCCACGCGUGCUGGCGGGGCGCGGGGGAGCCCCCCGCGGCCCCACCACCUACCGCCGCCUCCUCCCCCGCCGCCACCGAGCAGCGGGCCCUCACCUUGCUCCUCUCCGGUGCCCCCGCUGCCGGAGGGCAGCGCUGCAGCGGCGGGCAGGGUCCGACAGCGGCGGCGCUCACCGGAGCAAGGCAGGAGCUCCCCGGAGAGGAAGAGCCCCGGCUCCCCGGGCUGCAGAGCUGACAAAUCGAGGCCACCUUCAUCAAGCCCUUCCAGUAUUAUUCGCCGGACGUCCUCCUUGGAUACGCUCGCCGCUCCAUACCUUGCCGGACAGUGGCCUCGUGAUAGUCACGGCCAAGCUGCUCCAUGUAUGAGAGACAAAGCCACACAGACAGAAAGUGCCUGGGCUGAAGAAUAUUUAGAAAAGAAGAGAAGCUCACACAAACGUUCAUCCUCAUGGGGCAGCAAUGAACAACUCAAGGAGAUUGCGAAAUUGCGUCAACAAUUGCAGAGAAGCAAACACAGCAGUAGGCAUCAUCGUGAUAAAGAAAGACAGUCUCCAUUUCAUGGUAACCAUGCAGCAAUUAACCACAGUCAGGCCUCUAUCCCAAAGAGUGCUCUUGUUCCUGUGAUACCUAUUACCAAAUCAACGGGAUCACGAUUCCGAAACAGUGUAGAAGGACUGAAUCAGGAGAUUGAGAUAAUAAUUAAGGAGACUGGAGACAAAGAGGAGCAGCUUGUUCCUCAAGAUAUUCCAGAUGGGCACCGAGCGCCACCUCCGCUGGCGCAGCGGAGCAGCAGCACUCGCAGCAUUGAUACCCAAACGCCUGGCGGAGCAGACAGGAGCAGUAACAACAGCAGCCGCUCCCAGUCGGUAUCUCCAGCCUCAUUUCUUACCAUCUCCAACGAAGGCAGUGAAGAAAGUCCAUGUUCUACAGACGAUCUUCUUGCCGAUUCCAGAGAUAAAGAGAAUGGGAAUAAUUCUCCCUUGCCAAAAUAUGCUACCUCACCAAAACCCAACAACAGCUACAUGUUCAAACGCGAACCUCCAGAGGGCUGUGAAAAGGUGAAAGUCUUUGAGGAAAGCUUGCCAAAGCCAUUGCAUGAGAUUCCAGCCUUCUACUGCCCCGACAAGAACAAGGUCAAUUUCAUUCCGAAAAGUGGCUCUGCUUUCUGUCUCGUCAGCAUCCUCAAGCCACUUCUUCCCACGCAGGAUCUCACACUUAAGGGCACUACACACAGCCUGACUGUCUCCUCCAGCAUGACGCCCAGUUUGUUCCAGCCCAUUUCUGUGGCCUCGUUGUCUACAAACGCAGAUCAAGACAGGAUCUCCCGUGGGACAAGCACAGCACCACAGACCUCUCUGCUCCAGCAACCGGGUCCCAUUGAGGAAGCUGAAGGAUAGAUUCAGAUUGUCUUGACAUUUUGCUGGGCAACUACACGGAAAAAGUUGGAACCAGUCGACUGGACCUUUGUGAUCACACUAUUUGCAUUGUUUUGAUAAUUUCUGGCGCUGUCAUAAUUGAACUAUUUGUAUAAUUGACUGUUUGGUAGCACAUUGAGAAGUUCAGGAGGAUGCAGCAGCUGACGCUGUGUUGCACUUUCUGCUUAUGAAGACUCCAGUUCUGUUUCUCUCCUUUUUUUAAACACUGGUGAAAACAAUCAUCAUCCUUUGCCAUUUAAAGGACCAGUUGUUGUAAUGCUGUAUGUCCUUUGACUUUUUUUCUCCAUUAAAACAAAACUCUCCAGACCAGCCAGCUGAUCCCAUUUGCCAUUGUAAUCUGCAGAGGGAGGGGCAAGCAGAUGGUUUUGCAAGAUGUCUUUUGUAUGAAAACAUGUAUUUUGUAACAAAAAUUUACCUUUUCUGGUGCGUAGCAGAUCAUGUUUAGAAGACAUUUUCGGGAUGAUGCUCCACCCUAAACUUUGGGUUUUUUUUUUAAUGUAUGGGAGGUUCUUUUUUUCCUUGGCUAUUUUAUAGCUGAUGGGACCAAAGGAUUGCUGAAGUAUUUCAGCAGUCUCAAAUUACGUGACCUUGCUGAUCAGCCUCAGCCCUAAACAGAAUAAGACAAGUUAGUACGUUUGAAGCUAUUAAAACAGAAAACUAUCCAAAAAGCAGUGUUAGUAUAUAGUGUACAUUUUUUUUAAUAUCAGAAGUUUAUGCUUCAGUUAAGUCACAUUCUUAAAACUCCUUCCUUCAGAGAAUUCCCACCAGUGCUGGUUUAUUGGCUGGUAAAUUGCAUUUUAAAGCACUUGCCCCAGCAUCGUUUUGUGUGUCUAUAGGACUUUUGUGCAGGGGUGGGGGGGGGAAAUGUGUUAUCCUCUUACUCAGUAUUCUCUUUUUCCAGAAAAUACACAACUUGCCUCUUAACAGGCUUGCUUGGCUACUUAUGGAGUUAAUCAACCCAAAUCAUUAAUCGCUCUUGGUACAAAUUUUCUCUGAUGUGACUCAUCACUGUAUUAUAGACCCUGGCCACAUCAUACUGAAAUAUCUGUGCAUGAUUUCCUCCCUUUUGGCAUAGCGGUGUUCUGUGUGUGUCUGUUGAAGGUGAUGGUUUCUCAGGCAUGGUAUCUGUUACACAGAGGUUUACAGCAGCAGACGCAUUCUCCCUUUUUGACUAGCGACUUAGGCUGGCAUGUAAAACAGAGGAUUUUUGGAUGCUUGGUCUGUCCUGAUAUGCAGUAGUUUAUGGUUCUUGGAAAUAAUAAUAAAUUAUGAAAAUGGAAGGUGAAGACAAUUGCAAAGGGAAACUGUUCAGGCACUUCAGCGAGGUUUCUUGUGUGUUCCCAGAAAGUGUUGUUUGGGUUUGGGCAAAUAAAAUAGAGAUAUGCGGAAAACUGCAGCAACGAGAAUACCAGUGUUAUAUCAACUUUUAAAACAAGUUGACCUUGUACCUCUUCCACAGAGUUAGAAUCAGUAAUUUCAAGGGAAGUGCCACCGUGGACGGUCUCUGGGUCUGAAUAUUGGUUUGUUACACACGAGCAGUUCUCACUUGCAUAUACAUAACGUCCCUGGAUCAGCUGCCUACUCAGGUCCCCUCAGAACCGCAUUGAUUUGAAGAUGAUGCUGCAAAAAGAACAGUUUUCUUCAGUGCUUAAUAUGCUAAAUUUGGUUGCGAACAUUUCGCUUGGGAGGAAACAAAAAGCCUCUUGCAUACCUGCGUGAAUAAUAGUCAUGGUUUUGAUGUACAUUUACUGUUCCUUUAAAUCCUACAUAAAUAAGCUAUAAUAGCAAUGUACUUUACUCGGCAACUAAGUGUAAAUCACAAUAGCAUGCGCAAUCCUGUGUUCAUGGUAUGAACCCCUUUUUAAAACAUGAUGCAAAAAUUCAGCAGAUGAAAAAUAUACCAGAAAGUAUUAAAAUAUUACACCUGUUAAAUUAGCAAACAAGCAGAGUUGGGCUGACUGUCUUUCUUCCCAUCAAAACAGAUAAGAUUGUGCAGAUGGGAAUCAAGAACUUGUUUUAAAGGAGCAGCUCUGAUUUACACCGAAGACGUUGUUGAGGCACAGAGUUAAUAAUAAGUGACUUUGUGCAUCAAAUCUGUGUCAUUUGGCCAGUUGAUAAGUCUUUUCUAGAUUUUUGUGGAUAUUAAUUGGUUUCUUAUGAAACGGUUACAGUGCACUUUGAAGUCUUAAAAUGUACUGCUCUGGAUAGGUUUGUUUAAAGCUGGUAUGACUGGGUUCACGGAGGAUCGGCUCGCUCAGGUGAAGGAACUGCUUAAGUCUGUUUUCUGUUUCCGUAACAGCAGCACGUAAGGAGCUUCUCCAUCAAUGCCAAACUGCCUGGUGCUUUAUCAGGAGAUCUUAACGCAAUGGUUAAGAACCAAAGGGCUAAAGUUAACAAACAGCCUUUAUUACAGCCUUGAGACUUAACUGACUUCACCCAGACUUCGUUCUGAUGUUAGUUUUUCAUCCCAGAGUGACCCCCAACAGCUGUGGCUUCCUUACCCCAGGACUUUCUUUUGCACCUGUUGUUGUACUACUUGAGCAUCUCUUUGGUAGUUGAUAUUGUAUGUUGUUGGACUGUACAAACUAGUGAGCUGCUCUGAUGAAAACCAAAUGUUAAUGUGUGCGAUUUUUGCUUUUUUUAUAAAAACAGACUGCAUUGAGGACAACAUUCUGCCUUUUUUGUAUGCAGGGCAAGUCUACUAUUGCUGCGGCAGCUCUACUUUACUAUGAAAAGACUUACAAUUUAGAAAAUAUGACAGCUCUUGUUCUGAGACCAGUUUUUACAUGUGUGCAUAUGAAAAUUAGCCUUAAACUUUUUAUGUGCUGUCUUGUGCCAUAGCAGAGCUGUUACAUUAAAUAUUUAAACCAAUUUCAAAACAGCUUUGAGAGCAUAUAGAGCUUUUUAAAAACUUUUGCGUCUAGAGCGGGAUAUUCAGUUUUUUGGGGGCGAACCAUGCAUUACUAAAGCACAGUUACUGAAAGAGUUCGCGUUCUUUUGGCAUACUGUAAAUCCUAACUAUGCAUUAAACCAAGUCAGUUCCUUGAUUCCCUACUUUGUAGAUUAACAAAAACUAAAGGUCUAUUUUAUGCACAACUCGACACACUUGAUACUCUUGUUUUCUUGGUAUUUUACACCUCCAGCCACACGGAAAGGCUGUUGGCAGCGUGCAGUAACACUGACAGUUGAUUUUGGGAUGUACUAAAUGGUGUUCCUCCAAUUGUAAAUUGUACGUCAUUGACAAGGAAGGACGUCGUCGUUGUGACAAAGGUCUGUGGUGGCAGCUAUGACUGUUGGAUUCCUGUUUUCAAAAGCUCAAGGCACAAGAGGACUUGUUUGUUGAAGUCUGACCUGCUUCAGCUGUUCUUUCCUUGCUUGGUGCCGUAAUCCUGUAACAACAAAUUUAGGUGCUUGGAAAAGUAACAGAUAAUGCUUCAGUACAUACGUCUCUGAGAGAAAUUCCUGGUUGCGCGUACAUAUCCCAAGUGAGGAAAAGAGGGAGUGCAAAUUAAAUGAUGCAUACUGUGGAAGUAAAUGAUAGCUGCGUUUGGUUUACAUAAAGUAAUAGCAGCUCUUAAAAAAAUACGUUUAGUCUCAGGGCUAUUUUUUGGAUUGUUCUAAAAUACAAUUUACUGGAAUUCAGAAUCUGAGACUGUUGGCAAACACCGAAGCUGAGCCUUUUGGGAAGAAGAAAAACAGAGUCAUAUCCACUAACCUUUAUUUGUUUUGCCUCAGGCCUAACGUCUUGUUGCUUAUUGAACUUUAUUCAGUGGCACAGCAAUAAUUCCUUGCUCGAGUCUUAUCUGUUCUCUCCCUGCCACCUCUGAAAUGCUGAUGUUUUCACAGUGGCUCCAUGCCAGCGAUGUCCGUGUUUCCUCGCUGAGCACCUGCCAGCUUCUCUGUGCAAUGGGCAGGGUGAAGAACACACGGGGAGACACCAAGGCCAGUGCUGCAGGGUGGCGUCUUGGUUUCCCUUUGACUCCUCGUGCGCACACGCGUACAGCCCACGCAGGCCCGCGGCUUUUAUCUGAAUGGUUUGAGGCAGACCUGUUCUCAUCCCAAACUGAUGUGCACUCAGACGUAUCUCCAAGGCAAAGCUCGUGUGUCGUUGUCAUUUGUUCUCACGAGACGGAUAGAACCUGCAAAAAACACCCUUGACAUUAAAGCAUCCAAACACUUGCGGAUGUCAGGGCUGUGCUUUCUCCGUAUAAUUCCAUAGUUUCAGUGGGUGCCCUCCAUCGAAUGUCAUCGACUAAAGAUGUCAUCAUGGCUUUGACACAAAAGAGGCUGGUGCGUAUUAAAACAGAAAUGUUUGAGGUUAGGAAAGGUAACAGAAGGUACAGCUUUGCUAACCGAGGGUCGUGAGAAGCACUGGAACCACUGGUGGUGUUGUGAUCAAAGAGCUCUGACAGAGCUGGUUUUCCAAGCCAUUUCUAAACAAAAUGACCACUUCUUGCAAGAUGUGCCUGUAUAUUUUCUCGAUGUGAGUUUGUGAGUGCUCAGCAAUGCCGAAAAUCAGUCCUGCUGAUAGAAGAAUGACCUGGAUGCACUGUUACUUUGUGUGCCAAGUCAAGCGAGGAGAGAACAUGAACCAUUCACCAGUGGUGUGGCAUUCCAGCCUUGCACCCCGGGGGAACUGCCACGGUCUCCGAAUGCUCCAGGUGUCAACGGGGUCCUGGUGCUGCCUGCUUGAUUUCAUUGUACAUCAUCAGUAGAGACUUCAGGUAUGGUCCUGGUUUAAUAGUUCUUCACUGGGAUUUGUGCUUGACUGUAGAGACUUCCAUGGCGUUGAUGGGUCUGUCCGAAUUACAGAAGAGCACUUAGCCUGGUAACUCUGCAAGUUAACACUUCUUACACAAGUUGCUUUUGAAACAGCUCUCUUUGGAAAAUCUAGUAAGUGAACAACAAAACGUUUCUGGACGCCUCAUCCACCUGAAUUGUCAGUGUACUAAUAGUUUAAGAACAAUGUUGUUUGGCUUUCUUCUAAAUGGUUUCAUGUGUCGAAAUGUGCAAUUUUUGAGGGUAGCAGUCCAGGGGUGUCCACAACUGCCUUUGGGUUUGCCUUUGUAUGAAACGCGCUGGUACAUUUUCCUCUGUGACACUGUGAUACCUGGUGGAGCUGUUCUUGUGUAUGUUGUCCCCAUAGGUUACUUGUUGCAUGUAAGGCGAUUUUCGUAAGGCAGAAGAAUUCCAGGGAUGUUCUGCGAAAAGGGCCUGUUCUGAGGUGAUGUACACUGGUGUGAAACUGGAGCAGCUCAGCUAAUGUCAAUGGAACUCUUCACGUACACCAGUCUCUCUGCUAUGUGUAGUUAUGCCAGUACUAUUUUGCACAAUGUUGUUUUCAAUCUUCAGUUCUGACUUGUGAACUGUUUCUACUGAAAACAGUGACAAUUUUACCAACCGCAAUACUGGAAUGUUUUCGGGAUUUUUUUUUUUUCCUAAAAUAAAAAGUCAUCACUUGGA